AUGACCACAACCGAACAAGCCGCCGAAAUGACACCCCCACCCUCUUCUCCCUCGCCAACAACAACCCCAACCCCAACCCUCUCCACCCUCGCCCCAGAACUCCUCCUUCACAUCCUAGAAGCCAUCCCCUCAGCAGCAACCCUCUCCAACUUCCUCCGGGCCUGCCCCCAAGCCUGGCGCGUCUACGCCAAACACUCACAGCUCUUGCUCCUCCGGCUCGCACGCUACCGCUACGGUAAACCCACCCUCACAGCAGAUGAGAUUAUUGCCUAUCGAGCCCCGUUCGAUAUGCCGUUUAUGCAGCGGAUUACCAACGCGAACAGCUUGACCAUCUUGACGGAUUGCCCCGGGAGUUUGGACCACAGUCGAUGUCAACAGGUUUAUUUGCUCAUGGGGGGUAGACAAAAGGAGGAGUGGGUGCAGUUGCCUAGGUGGGCGGAAUUUGUGGAGCGGUGGGGAAGGGCUUGGGAGGGGAGGGAGGAGAGGAGGGUGGGACGGUUGACUGUGAAGAGAGUGAGGUUUUAUGGGGAGAUGGUGAGGUUUGUGGCUGGGUGGGAGAGGUGGAUGGCGUUGGGGGGACAGAGGGGGAGGGGGAAGGUUAUGGAACGGGAGACGGAGAUGCAGUGUUUGGAGGAGCAUGAGGAGUUUUGGAGUCGGAGGGGGAGGGGGAGGCGGAGGGAGUUGGAGUGGGCGGUUACUGUGCAGAGGAGACAGGAGAUGCUGCCGUUUUGGGGAGGGGGAGGGGGGCAAAAGAAGGGGAGGGGGAAUAACAGGGUGAAAAGGGAGGAGAAGCCGGUUGUGAAAGCUACGGUGAAGAAGGAGAGGAAGAGGAAGGUUAAAGAGGAGAUGGGGAGUGUGGGGAAUAAGAGGGUGAAGGUGGAGGAGGGAGUGGCGGCUGGUCGGUCUGUUCGGUGGAAUGGAGAUAGGCAAGAUGUGAUCGAGCUGGACUCGGAGGAUGAGCCCAUGAUCAUGCGAUCAGCGAGGGUCAAACCACUGACCAUGGCUUUAGCCAGACUCGAGCCAUAUCCAGAGGACGAACCACUGGCACUGCAUUCAGUCAGAAUCAAACCAGACCCCGAGGACGAAGCGGAUCAAUCCCCGGUCAUACGUUCACCCAGAAUCAAGCCCGACCCAGACGAUGAGCCCGUGGCCCUGAGUUCAAUCAGGAUCAAGCCAGACCUGGAAGACGAGCCCACGCCUAUGUCACGUCCACCAACAAAUCCGCUCCCGAUGUUCAAGUUGGAGGAGGAUGACUAG